AUAUUCCAGCUGAGUUAUUACAUCCAGUUUUGGGUUUCUCCCAGUGCAGAUAUUAACUGACCUGUUCGCGGCCCCCGCGCGGUUGGUUGCCAGAAGCCAUCGACCGUUGCAAUUGCUCAUUUUAUAUGGAUUAGCCGCUUCUAUUUUCACGUCGGACAUUAUUAUUAAUGACGCCCUUUACUUUUGCGCAGCUGUAAUCUUAUCGUUUCAUUAUUACGAGUUUACGACUUUCCUAAUCAUAAAUGAUCUACACAACUUGAUAGGAUCAACAUUAUUUGCUGCCGGGAUUUCUCUGGCGAAUAAAAACAGUCUGUGAAAUCGUAAUCUAAUUGCAAUUAAAUUACGAUUACUUUUUCUAGAACACAAGACCAUCACAAGAGUUGACUCGAAAAUAAUUCUUUUGAAAUCGUCGAAUAGAUUUUAAAAGUUUCUAUAACGAGAAAAUACAAACAAGUCUAGAGCAUUUUGAUGAUCUUUGACCGCUAGACUGUGAAAUCAACUUCUAGCGCAUUCGAUUCGAAAUGUCGCCUCUGUAUAAUAAUCAAGCCUCGACCGACUUUGAAAAUGCAUUUGAAGAAGAAACAGGAAACCGGAGCCCAGCCCAGCAAGUUUGUGAUUAAAGAGUUUCGGAAUGGUGGGAGACAAGGAGAGGACUAAAGUAAAUACGAAAAGGAAGAAGAAGAAGAGAGUGAGUGUGAGCAUCGUGCGUCUGCAAAUAAACUCGAGUUGAACGCGGCGUUUGGGGCUUGUUGACACGACUGAAAGGGCAAGGUUUUUUUCUUAACAGCGCGCCCGGGAUAAAUAUAUUUUUAAAAACAACCAAAAAGAGUCUAGCUGCACUGCUGCUGCUCUACCCCCCUCUUGCCUGGUGACGGAAUAAUACCAGCGGGUUCCUUCCAUCAGUCCAGUCAUCGCCAGCCAUUCGUCGUUACUUGACGUCUCUCCGCCACUCGUUUCCAACCAUUUAAAAAAAAAGUUUUGAGGCUCUCGGAGCUUCCACCGUUCAGCAUUUUGUUGCAUCCGGAUUAUAACAAACAUUAAAGAUGCAGUUCAAGUGGCUCAUCGUUUUGGCUGUUUCGGCCUGUCUACUCUUGUCCGUUGAAGCUCAAGAGAAAAAGCGCAAAGUCGCUAAAAAGUCGAAGAAGGUUGACGAAACGGGCACGAAACAGGCCGUCGAACAGCUGGACAUUCAAGACGCUAUCGAUGUUUUGGCGGAUGACGAGGCUGCCCUCAAGGAUAACCUUUGCGCCAAGAAACAUUGCGGGGCCGGCAAGGAGUGCCGCGUUAAUCAAAUGGGAGCCGCCGAAUGCGUCUGCAUGGAUCACUGCCCAGAGGAAAAGGAUCCUCGUCGCAUGAUCUGCAGCAAUCAAAAUGAAACUUGGAAUUCCGAUUGUGAACUUUACCGCAUGCGCUGCCUCUGCAAAUCAGGAUCGGCCGGAUGCGUCGAUUCCAAAUACGAUCACGCCCACGUCGAGUACUUUGGUACCUGCCGGGAUGUCCCUCAAUGCACGGCGGAUGAGAUGGCCGAUUUCCCACGCAGGAUGCGCGAUUGGCUCUUCAACGUCAUGAGGGAUUUGGCCGACCGUCACGAUUUGAGUCCCCAUUUCCUGAAACUGGAACGCGAAGCCGAAAAGGAUAACAGCCGCAGGUGGGCCAACGCCGCCAUCUGGAAAUUCUGCGACCUGGACGGCCACCCUCACGACAGGAAAGUGUCCCGCCAUGAGCUGUUCCCCAUUCGCGCCCCUCUGCUAGCCUUAGAGCACUGCAUCCAGCCCUUCCUGGAUGGAUGUGACGCUGAUAACGAUCAUUUCAUCACGCUCCAAGAGUGGGGAACCUGUCUCGAACUCACAGAGGAGGAAAUCGAAGAUAAAUGCGACGAUGUCAGAGAUGAAGCCGAAAAUGGCUUGUAAAACAUUUCUUCUUCUUUU